AUGGAAAAGUGUUCUCAGCAAAUUGUGUGCAGUCAGCGAUAUGAGCCUGUUUGUGGAAGCGAUUCGAUAACGUAUCCAAAUCAGUGCACAUUCAUGUUAGCCAAAUGCAAUUCCAGCAGUAGCAGCUCUUCAUUGGUUGUCGCAUACAAAGGUGAAUGUUGUACAAGUUCAUGCCCAGGUGAUUGGCAGCCAGUAUGCGAUAAUCGUCAUGUUACACACGAGGUACUCGUUUAUAAAAAACGGUUGACUUAA